CCAGUUUUGAUUGAAAUAUCUUAAAUAUUGGAUGGAUUGCCUUGAAAUUUGUAUACAUAUUCAAGGUCUCUCCAGGAUAAAUUCUACCGACUGACUUGAACAUGAAUUUUAAUCUAGCGCAGAGGGUCAAAAUUCCAAUUUGCUCAAAACGUUGGCUUAUGACCAACUCAUUUGUGUGAUACUUUGCCAAAUCAUGCUGCCAUAGGUCACUGACCCUUCCCAGGUCGCACACUGUUCAAACCAGAUGAAUGGCUCAAAACAGCUUGUGUGAGUUAAUCCCUUUCCUGUGCUAUUUAAGGAAGUGGAUUAGUAUUGCCAACAAUAUGGAGAGUCCGAGGACUUUGAAAGAGAACAUGACACUGAGUGUGGAGAGGGUCCAGGCUAUCCUUCGGCUGCAACUUAGGCUAACAUCUUCAGAAAUAGAUGUUAAUAUGAUUUAGAAGCCUCCUAACUUGCUCUGCCUUUCAGGUGCUUUUCAUAUGGAAGCAUCUUCAUUGAAAGUUGGAAUAUGAGCUCAGACUGUCUGAGAAGCAGGGUGUUUCUCUUGUGGACUUGUAGAUUAUCAACACCAGACAGGGCAGAAAUACUUUUAGAGAAAGGAGGAUGUGUAUUAGUUUAUUUGUGAAACAAAUAUUUCAUAAACAUUGUUAAACCUAUCCCUGUAGGGUUUCUAAGAUGCAGAUGAAAAGACUAUUUUCAGCCACUGAUCAGUGAGUGUAUCACCACUGUUGUAGAUGACCAGGAUGUAAACCUGGUAAUCUAAUUCACAGUGUAAAUAAAAGUGGUGUCAGACUAAUUAGAUCUCAAAAGCUAAUUUACGAUUUACACAGUAGUACUGUUUAAGAGUUGCAUUGAUUGAAGAUUAGAACUUUAGAUUAACCCACGGGGUAGUCGUGUCAAUCCCAGUCAACAACUAGAAGAGAGCAUUCAGUGGAGUGCAGAUCUCCGCCUGGAAACCGACAAUGAAGCGCCAGCGCUACCACAACUGCCAGAUGCAGCCAGUGGGGAUUUGCAAAGUGAAUAAGGUUUUUUUUGUACGAGUGUUCUGGGUUUAUCUAACAGUAUAAACUUAAUAAGGAAACAAUAAACAGGACAAUAAGUCCAAAUGUAUUUAGAACAUUUUGUUAUUUAUUUAGAACAUGUUGUUGUAGCACGCUACACAAAAUGGAACCCCUCCCUACCUUCCCUCUCCCUUCCCAAACAAAGAAGAGUUGUAUCUCACUCAGUUGUACCUCCCAGCUCCCUUUAUAGUCCAUUUAUAUGGCAUAAAAAAUACAGAACAUUGUCAGAUAAAUGUAAGAGUUGUAACUAAAUAAUCUGUUGAAUGUGCUGAUAGAGUGUAGGAAGGUCAGUGUGGAAAGCGAAGGGUUGAAGGACAAGGUGGUAGAUAUGGGAAGGGAGUAGAGUAAAGUCUGUCAGGGAUGGGACCAACAAUUAGUACAGAUUAAAAUGGCUUCAUUUAAACAAAACAGUAGAACAGUGGCAGACAAAAUCACAAAUAACAUCUUGUAAUGUUUGACUCCCCUUCCUGUAGCAGGUGGAGCAAGUGGCAUCAUGAAUGCUAGUCACCACCCUCCAUCCCUCCUCCACCUCCUCCUCCUCCUCCUCCUCCCUCUCUCUGCUAUCACUUUAUGCAUUAUCAGCUCAGUAAGUAUCUCGGAUCUAGAGCACCUUUUUCAGCCUAUAUGGAUAAAAACUCUCACAUUCACUUACUCCACUCAAGAAACUUCUCUUAUUUUUCCUUCUUCUCUGAGCUGCACCACUCAGAUCAUUUUGCUGCCACUAUUGUCGAGACCCUGGUUAUGACUGCUGUCUUCCUGGUCUCCGUGGCAGCAAAUGCAGGAGCUGCAGCCCAGGAAACAUGGGAACGCAGACUGCUGGCCAACAAGACUAUCCUGACCCUCAACCUGUUUGUGGCUGACCUGCUGUUUGUCAGCAUGAUCCCACUGAUUGUGGCAGUGCGCUGGACUGUUUCCUGGACGCUGGGGUACACGGCCUGUCGCACUGUGCUGUAUGUCAUCUGUAUGAGUGGCUGUGUCACCAUCACAACGCUGGCCUCCAUCAGUGUGGAGAGGGUCCAGGCUAUCCUUCGGCUGCAGACCGUGCCCACUUUAAACCCCAGGAUGGUGACGGCCACCCUCUUUUUCAUCUGGGCCUUUUCUGCACUGACCUGCAUACCCCUCAGCCUGUUCUUCACUGUAAUGGAAGUGGAUUUCCCUCAGCAGGAACGUGUACACAUUUGUACUCUCAAGUGGCCUGACGCAACUGGAGAGAUUGUGUGGAAUGUAGCCUUCACUGCCCUGUGCUUCCUUCUCCCAGGAUUAAUAAUUGUGUUCAGUUACAGCAAAAUAUUACAGAUCGCUAAAAGUUGUAGGCGGAGGCUCCGAUCGCGACAUGGCCAGCCACCAGUUGGAGAGUCCCUCAAGUACCAUGUGUCCCGCCAGGAUAUGAAGCUCUUCCGAACUCUUCUGGUCCUUGUGCUCUCUUUCUUAAUCAUGUGGAGCCCAAUUUUCAUCAUCACCUUCCUUAUCCUGGCCAGGAACUUCAUUGGUCACCUAGAUGUCUCUUCUACCAUGUUCUUCUGGGUGGUAACGUUCACACUGGCCAACUCAGCCCUCAAUCCCAUCCUCUACUCUGUCUGCCAGUUCAAGAACAGCUGGUGCAGGCUCUGCUGCGCCUCUGAGAUAGCACCGAUGAGAAAGGGAGCUGGUGGCAGUGGUCGAGCUCAAGGGAAACUUGAUAUACAACAUACAGUUAACCCUUAAUGUAAGACACAAUAUUUGCUUGUUGCACUCCUUAGAUGGUGCAUUCUCUUUCAUUUUAAGAUUGAAACACCUCUGAAAGAGCAAACAAUGUAAAGAUAAUUCUAAUUUUAAUAAAUAUUUGCCAUUUUGUGA